AUGAACAUCUCUUCGAUGUUAUCGGCUUCAGCACCGGCCAAUGGGAAUGGCGUCGUUGUUGAUGAUGAUGGUAGUAAUGCUAAUAAUAAUAUUGCUGAAGAACCUGUCACGACGUCGACCCAUAGACCGUUACAAUCCAUAGUUCAGUCGAUCAUUCCCCAGAGUCUUAUUGAAGAUGAUACCAUGACAACUGUGACUACAGCGACCACUGGAUCGACUACAGCCAAUGGGCAUGUUCCAACUGAAAAUGAACCGGAGGAAUCACCAAAUGAUAUCGAUGGCGAAGACGUCUCAAACGACGAACUCAUUCAAGAAGCAAGAGCCCGUGAAAUCAACUCCACUGAUCCCGACGUUCAAAAGUAUUUGACUCGUUUCACCAAUAAAGUCAAUUUGGUCCAUCAAUUCGACGACGACUUGGUCAAAGCAAAUACGCUUCUGUUGUUCGAGUUCGACCAUGAUAAAAACUUACUUGAUCUCCAACAGUCGAAGCAAUAUGCUGAUAAUUAUAUCUUGAGAUUGACAUCGGAAAGUGUCACGUUUGCCCUGAACAGCGGUCCAUUUUCUCCUUCCCAUACGUCGAACGAAUGUGACUACAGAUGGGGGUCGACCAGAGAGUUUACUCGUCCUGCCAGAAAGCCUUCGUCUCUUCUGUCGCUGAUAACGUCGACUACAGCGGACGGUGGGAAGCGCGCCGCUGGUGGUGGGAAACGGAAAACCAAAGCGGUGGGAGGUAAAAACUCUGUUACACCCAUUGCUCCCAAGCCAGCAGAUGGAGCAGAAGGGAACGGCACUAUGUCUACUUCGACUUCGACCACUGGAUCUACGACGACGUCGACCUCUACGCGUCCCAAGCGAACCCGGACGAAGAAGAGAUCGCCCUACGACGAAGAGUUGGAUGACGCAGAGGCCGAAGCAGCAGCAGAAGACGAAGAGGCAGCAGAGGAGGCCGCCGCUUCAGCACCACCACUCAAAAGAGCCAGACGCAAAACUGCCUUGGCCAAUGGGAAAUCGUCGACAUCGUUGGUUAAUUCGGAGAUUGACAAAGAUGGUGAGCCUUCUGUUCGGAUCAAGUUGAAGUUAAACUUGAAACACGACACGGAUGACGAAGACGAAGAAGAAGAAGAAGAGGAUGGUGGUGGAGAUGACGACGACAGUAACACCAAUAGCAACAAAAAGAAGAAGGGAACCAUCAAUAAGGCUUCGGCCACUCAACCACAAAAGGUGACCGUUAAGGAACAGAGAAUGAUUACAAGACAAUACGAUAAUGUUUUCCUUUCUAUUUGGAAGGAUUUGGCUCGUAAGGAUGGACCAAAAGUCAGUAGAAUGAUUCAACAAACCACUCAAGCCAAAGCCAUCAACAUGAAGAAAACAUGUAUUUUGGCUGCUCGAGAAGCCAAAAGAUGGCAGUUACGGAACAACAAGAACCAAAAGGAUUUAACCACCAAAGCAAGGAGAGCCAUGAGGGAAAUGUUCAACUUUUGGAAGAGAAACGAACGCACAGAAAGAGAUUUGCGGAAGAAACAUGAAAAGGAAUUGAUAGACAAAGCUAAACGAGAAGAGGAAGAAAGAGAAGCCAGAAGACAACUGAGAAAGUUAAACUUCUUGAUCACCCAAACGGAAUUGUAUUCUCAUUUCAUUGGCAAGAAGAUUCGAACCGAUGAAUUUGAAGGUAAAGAUUCAGAUCCAAAAUUAACCAAAGUAACUGCUGCGUCAUCAACAGGAGCAACAGCUGGUGGUGGUCAUCAUUAUGAUAAAUAUGAAGAUGUGAAAGCAUCGACCACUUCAACCAAAGAUUUUUCGGCUAUUGAUUUUGAUAACGAAGACGAUGAAGCCUUGACGGCUGCUGCUGCUGCUAAUGCUCAACAAGCCUUACAAGCAACAAGAGAUAAGGCCAAGGAGUUCGAUGACUUCAAGAACCCGGACACCAACGGAGAAGAAAUGAACUUCCAGAACCCAACGUUAAUGGGAGAUAUCACCAUUUCUCAACCCAAAUCAUUGAAAUGUACCUUGAAAGAGUAUCAAAUCAAAGGUUUGAAUUGGCUAGCAAACUUAUACGAACAAGGGAUCAAUGGGAUCUUGGCCGAUGAGAUGGGGUUGGGUAAAACGGUUCAAUCCAUUUCUGUAUUGGCUUAUUUGGCUGAAACUCACAAUAUCUGGGGUCCAUUCCUUGUGGUUACUCCAGCUUCCACCUUACACAAUUGGCAACAAGAAAUCACCAAGUUUGUACCCGAGUUCAAGGUCUUGCCCUAUUGGGGUAACGCUAAGGAUCGGAAGGUAUUAAGAAAGUUUUGGGAUAGAAAGUCCAUUAAAUACGGUAGAGAUGCUCCGUUCCAUGUGUUGGUGACUUCUUAUCAAUUGGUAGUUGCAGAUGCUGCAUAUUUCCGUAAGAUGAGAUGGCAAUACAUGAUUCUUGAUGAAGCUCAAGCCAUUAAAUCUUCUCAAUCGUCAAGAUGGAAAGUGCUUUUAUCAUUUUCAUGCAGAAAUAGAUUGUUAUUAACCGGUACCCCUAUUCAAAACUCCAUGCAAGAAUUAUGGGCUCUUUUGCAUUUCAUCAUGCCUUCAUUAUUUGAUUCCCAUGACGAAUUCAGUGAUUGGUUUUCCAAAGAUAUUGAAAGCCAUGCUCAAUCAAACACUCAAUUGAAUGAAGAACAAUUGAGAAGAUUACACAUGAUUUUGAAGCCCUUCAUGUUGAGAAGAAUUAAAAAGAAUGUCCAAAGUGAAUUGGGGGAUAAGGUGGAAAUCGAUAUCUUUUGUAAUCUUACCAACAGACAAAAGAAGUAUUAUCAAAUGUUGAAAUCUCAAAUUUCUAUUAUGGAUAUAUUGGAUCAAGCCAAUAGCAAUUCCCGAGGAGAAGAAACAACCGAAUCUUUGAUCAAUUUGGUUAUGCAAUUCAGAAAGGUUUGUAAUCAUCCUGAUUUGUUUGAAAGAGCAGAUGUCAAGUCUCCGUUUUCCUUUGGAUCUUUCUCCGAUACUUCAUCGUUCCUUCGGGAGACCAAUGACUUGGAAAUGUCGUAUUCGGCUAAGAACCACAUUGAAUACAAUUUACCUCGGUUGAUCUACGAUGACUUGUUAACUCCGUCGUUCAACAAUAAUGUCGGCAGUAAGCCGAAGAUCAAUAGCAUGUUUGACAUUUACCAUCCGUCAAAUACAGUCACAGACUCAAACUCAGACAAUACGUCAUUUGGCUGGUUGUCAUUUGUCGAUGUCAGUGGAGGAGAACUUUAUCAGUUAUCCCAUAAGAAUGUCCUUGAACGAGCAUUGGAUCUAAAGGAGUACACUGACAUUAACUAUGACAAAGUUAAUCGGUUAAAGUAUGUUUAUGAUGAUUAUGAUGAUGAUGAUGCCAAAUUUAUUCCAAAAAGCAAAUUGCUUCUUAUUAACGAAUACAACAAUGAUUACGCUCAAGUCAACAACUCCAUUCAUUUGAAGGAAUUACAUACGGUACGAAACAAGGUUUAUACCGAUAUGUAUGUGAACAUUUUAGAUCCUGCUGCUGCACCUAUUGCUACUGCACCUCCAAUUGUUGCCCAUUGUUCUUCACAAUCCUUCUAUUAUGGUCAGAAUGAUGUCCUUUUCAACCCGCAAAUCAGAUCAAGCCUAAUGCCCUUGAGUUUGAAUACAGAAUACACCUUGAUGAAUAAAGGUGUUCCCGUUGAUCAAUUCCCCAAGUCCAACAUGCUUCCUCCUCCAAUUAACCAUAAGAUUGACUAUUCCAAUAUCCGAAUGCCAUCAAUGGACAGAUUCAUAUCUGAGUCCGGGAAAUUGGCUCGAUUGGAUAGUUUAUUGAAUGAAUUGAAAAUGAAUGAUCAUCGAGUAUUAAUUUACUUCCAAAUGACCAGAAUGAUGGAUUUGAUGGAAGAGUAUUUGACUUAUAGACAACAUAAGUUCAUUCGAUUGGAUGGUUCUUCUAAAUUAGAUGAUAGAAGAGAUUUGGUCCAUGAUUGGCAAACCAAACCUGAUAUCUUUAUCUUUUUAUUAUCCACUAGAGCUGGUGGGUUGGGUAUCAAUUUAACUGCUGCUGAUACGGUUAUCUUUUAUGAUUCUGAUUGGAACCCCACCAUUGAUUCCCAAGCUAUGGAUAGAGCCCAUAGAUUGGGACAAACUCGUCAAGUCACUGUGUAUAGACUUUUGGCAAAGGGUACUAUUGAAGAACGUAUGAGAGAUAGAGCUAAACAAAAGGAACAAGUUCAACAAGUGGUGAUGGAAGGUAAGGCCACAAUGGUUAGCAAGAAGGAAGAAGCUGCCAACAAGAAGAAGGAUGCUGCGUUCUUGCUCUUGGGUAAUGGCGAUGAAGCAGCGUAG